AUGGCUUCGCCUUUGCGCAGUACAAAUACAUACAGGGCCCCACUCUCGGAGCUGCCCCUUCAUCACUUUGUUUGCCAAUCUCUCGCCGCCUCUCCCCAGACUUCUCCCGACAAGCUUCUCAAGACGCCUUCACGUUCUCGAUCCCGUUCGCCCUCGCUGCCUACAAGCCGCAGAAACUCCACCUCUGUGUCCCCGCACAAGCAGGCCGUACUCCAAAACCAUCGUCUCGUUCGAGAAGGCUCGGUCGCAUCUCCUUCUUCUACCGCCAAAGAAACCGACAACAUGGCAGACGUCGACUUUGCGCUCCUGCCCCGACGUCUCUUUGACGACUGCUCCUCGAAGCGAGCCAGCUCUGACGAUCCACUCGAAACGAGUCCGGUUCUGCCGGGUUCUGCUUCCUCCCGAUCGCGCUUCUCUCCGCACAACAUCAAGCAUCUGGCGCACCACUCUCCAAGCAGUCGACCUACGACUCCCAAAGGCGCUACCACCACUCCACUCAACCUCCGGCAACAUCGCCCACCGCAUACCUCAGGUCCCAAACCUACUCAAUUUAUCGAACCCAGUCCGACCACGCAAAGGAUCUCUGAGCCUCGCCUCCCCAUCUCUCACCGAUACGAGCAUGCGGAUGCUCCUACCACGCCCUCACGCAUACGCAAGCAAGCCAAUCCGCCCAUCGCGUCGGUGCCUCAUGCUCCUGCUUCUUCCAUGGACGGUGAUCAUGCUGCCGCUCAGGGUGGUAUCACGCCUCUGGAGGAGCCUACUCGGCUUGCCAGCUCUGCGCUCCAAAGCUUACCCAAGAAGAAGCACCGCGUCUCGCCAACCGAGAUCGCCAUCGCGCAUGAGGAAGCUGGAGCUGGUCCCAUCGCCAGCCCCAGUCCUCGCAAGAUGGCCGACUACUUUGCCCCUUCCGACGAGAAUGCCUCUGCGUUCAGCUUCGAUCGGACACGUCUGCGAUCCGAUUCGAUCUCUGAUCGCCAGCAAGCCGCGGCCGCGUUUCAAAACUUGACCGACAUGGCGGCCUCGAAACAGCCGCUGAACAGCUUGACGCUCGCCAAAUCGGGUCUGUUCUUGGGAGUAGUUGCCCGACCGCUGCCCGGCUGGACUGUAUACGAAGAUACCAACUUGAGCUCGGACACCGCGCCGUCUCAAGACCAUGCGCAGCCAAUGACGGACGAAGCUAGCGUCGCUGCAGUCAGUCCAGUCUCGAGCCCCAACCACAGUCCUGCCAAGCAGAGCGCUGCCUCGACGCCCAACAAGGAGAAUCGCGUCCCGGACGCCGCUUUCCUAGCUUCCAAGCCUGUGCCCAUCGCACUUCCGGAUCGCGCCUACAGCGUUGAUGGAAUACCCACAAAGACCCGUUCCUCGUCGCGCCUCGCCUCGGCGGCGGCGAGCCCAGUCGCUUCUGCCUCGCGCAAACGCGGCACGGGCGGUCGUCUGAGCUUGCUUGCUGAUGCCGAUGCCGAUGCUGAUGCGGACGACGAGGAUGUGCACCGGGACGCUUCUCUGCAGCUUGACGGCGACGAGACGCUCGCGCCAAGUUUGACGGCAUCGGGCAAAAAGCUGAGGUCGAAGGGCACUGCUUCGCCAAGGCACGGUUCCCGCAAGGCUUCGUCGCACCAGAGGAAGGCGUCUGCUGGAAAGGGGCUCGAAUCAGGUCGAACGAGCCGCAAAGCUUCAAGCAGUCACCAGCACGCUGUGGACAGCCCGCAGCGGGUGGCGGAUGCGGCUGCGCUUGACGCGGUUGCCUCCCGUACGCGAUCUCGCUCUCGGUUCUGA